UCGAAUGUGUCGGACACAAACUUAAGUCAUAUCACUGAGUUGGGUAUCAUUGAGGAAAUUUUCUCAGAGAGCGGUCUUUUAUGAAGAAGCACCAGGAGUGACUUCAUCAACAAGGGAGCGUGUGCUGAAGCAACACAUUCCUUCUUAUCAACAAUCCCACUCCUAUCGUGCAAGAACAUCAAGACAAACUUAUAGAAGAAGUUUAUGAGAAUAAAAAAAAACCAAUUGAUUUUUUUCCCAUCGUGCACCAUUUAGUGAACACGUUAAAUAUUUCAUAAGUGAUUUAUAUGGACAUUUGUCUUGGUUGUUCAUGUGAAAAAUUUAUCACUCCCCUCGCGGCUUAUGGAGUUUCCAACAUUUUUCCAACAAGAUACAUAAAAAAGCACAAAAACAGUGCUGGCUGAAUAUCCUAUUCAGAAGAGGUACACCGCGCGCUAUAAUACCUGUCGAGUGGGGAUCACAGGAGUUGGAAGAGAAAGCAAUCAUCCGAAAGCACGAACCCUUGGAGAGGCAAUUAAGUGUGGUGGGUGAAGAUGCGUCCAACAAUUAGGCGCCAAGAGCCCCAGCAUUCAGUCGCAGAGAUACCAAAUUGAAUUGCUGGCGAGGUUGUAUUUUGGAAGGAGGCGGUGUGUGUGUGGCGACAAGAGGAAAUUUAAUCCAUCAUCCGUGGUUUCCGUGAAGAAGGAUGGUGAAUUUUUUAUCUGACCCACCGUCAGAUACUCACACGAAAAGGGACGUCGCCCGAGACGACGCCAGGAUCUUCUCAAUCUAGUGUUGUCCACAAGUGUCCCCAUAAUAUCACAAAACUUCUUCUUCUCCUUUAUCCACUCUCAGCAUUUCUUCACGCUCUAUCUCGCUUCUUGCCUUCCGCACCCAUCAACUCAGUACUGCGGGGUUUUUGGGAGGGGUGGCAAAUAGAGCGGGCGUACCCAAAAGGCAUCAACACUUGAAAGGAACUUGUGAGAAAGGACAUUGAGUAGUGUGGACAGGAAUCAUAUUAGCUUUCGGUGACGCAUUAAGUUGCGUCAAAGGCAUUUCUUUAGAGGUAUUUUCGCAGCCGAAAUGUCUGAUUUCGAAAGGAUCAGACUCGUUAUUUUGGGUGGUGCUGGAGUUGGCAAGAGCUCAAUUGUUAAGCGUUUCCUCUUUAAAACAUAUAGUGACAAGUAUAGAGCUACUGUGGAAGAUCUCUACAAUAGAGAAUACGACUUGGGUGCUGUUACACUAAAGGUGGACAUCCUGGACACAUCGGGUGACAUGCAAUUUCCCGCCAUGAGACGGCUGUGCAUUGCAACGGCUAACGCCUUCCUCCUCGUCUACGCCACAACGUCAGAGCCAAGCUUUGGGUGCGUCAAGCAAUGCUUCGAUGAGAUUCGCGAACAGAGGGCAGAUUUUCAGGAGAUUCCAAUUGUGAUAGCAGGCAAUAAAUUGGAUUUAGCUUCAACACAUCGGGAAGUAAAGAUCGAGGAUGUCUCCGAAUGGGUCUUCUGUGAAUUACCCAAAUUGAGGGCGAAGGUGUUGGAAUGCUCCGCCAAGGAUGACACAAACAUCACGGAUUUAUUCAAAUCUCUGCUUUCCAUUUCAAAAAUCAUGCCAAUUGGGGGUGGCGAGAGUACUUCUGGGCUAAAACGAAGAUCAUCAGCGUACGUGAGUGCUACCAGCAAAGGAAAACACAGAGUCGGAAGUCCUUCAUUGGGAGCCGACAAAUCAGGCCAAUCGUUCCUCGGGGCACCAUCUGGGGACUCUUCAAGUUCCACUGAUGCCAAAUCGAAACCCAGAUCGAGGUCACUCAUACGACGUUCUUCGCGAAAAACUAAACAACAAAUACAAAAUGCAUCCGGUUCUGACGAUUGCAACGUACAGUAAAAUAUCUGCUGCAGGGAUAAGCUGGAUGGAAAAUGAUGUGUAGUUGUUAAUGCACAUUCAUCUUAAAUUCAACCUCAUUUUGUAUGCCCCGUUUUCAUUUUAUAUAAAAGAAAAGUAAAUUGUUGAAUUUAUGAAAUAAGAUGAAGUGAAUUUAACUUGAAAUUAAUCCUAAAUAUAGUAAGAUUGAUAAAAGAGAUGUAAAAUUUAAUAUCGAUGCAAAGUGAAUUGUGAUCAACAAAUUAGAAUUUAAUAAGAUUAAUAGUAAAUGAAAUUGAAAUAGUUUUCUCAUUUUUUUAAAGAAAUUUUGAUUUAAAAAAGAAAAUUAAUUUGAGUUAAAAAAAUACUGCAGGGAAACUUCCUAAUACGUAUUUGUGUAAAGUAAUUUAAAGAAAAAUAUUUCUUUUUUUUUUAUUUUUUAAAAGCUCACUAUUUAAUUUAACUUAAACUGAAUCAAAUGGAUCGCAAAGACCACUAUUUAUUUAGUUUUUUGUUUCAAUUGUUUGUAUUUCAAGUUAAGUUACAGUAUUUUCAGUAUUUCUGUUCAGUAUUAUAGUCUGUUCUAAUAAACUGCGUUAGUUAAAGCUCACAAUGAGCUUUUAUUUUUAAUCUUAUCUGAAGCUCUUAGUCUGAAACUAUUUGUUAAAUCCAAAGAAAUUGUUAGUUUAGAUAUUAAUUUAUCGUCAUUAGGAAGUUCCAUUUAUACAUUACAAAGUUUUUUUAUUUCUAUAAAAAAUAAUUUUUUAUUCCGAAACACUUUAAAAACUUCAUAGAAAUAAUAAUUUUAAUAACUAUAUUCAUUAGUUUUUACAUAGGUAGUCACAAUUCUGAGUUAUUAAGUUGUGGAAAAUUGAAGAAAAAAAACUUUCUUAAAUCCUAAGAAAAAAACUAUCAAUAAAAAAUUUACUGCAAAUUCGUUUCAUAAAAAUACAAAAACUUUAAAAAACAUAGACUUCUUCACAAAAUAAUUCCAAAAAAGUUUUCAAAAAUUACGGUCCGUGUCCUUAAAUGAGAAAAGUAAAAAAAAAAAAAAAGUCCUGCUUAUAAAGCAUUGAUUAUGACGUGUGAAAAAGGUCUAAUUUCUAAUUUACAAAAUUAUAUCACAUGAAAAAAAAAUAUUAUAAUCAAAUAAACAUAAAAUACAAAAUAAAAUACAUAGUAAGAAAAUAAAAUUGUUCAAUAUUAUAAAUUAUUAUAAUUAGCAGAAAAUAUGAAAAUUAGGAAAUUAAAUGAAACUCCAAAAAAUAAAAAAACGUCCAAAUAUAAAAUCGAUAGAUGAUUGAUUAAUAAAACAAAUUACUUGCAACUUCUUGCGGGAAUUAGUAUAUUAAAUAAUUCAUCAAAAUGACUUAUUUAGAAGGUAUUUAUUAAAGAAAAAAAAAAUAGUAUUCAGUAACAGUACCUUAUUAUUGGUGUACGUAGUUUGUAUUGAGAUAUAGAUUUUUAUUGAGAAUCAUAAGAGAUGAGAUUGGAUGAGAUUAACAAAUUGUUUUUUUUUACACAUCAAAAUAAUAUUGAGAGGUAAUUGUGGUUUCAUUGUUGUGGAUUGUUGAGUAAAUUAUAAUCUAAAUAAAAAAAUAAUAUGUGUAGGUGUCAAAAAAAUGACAAAAAAGGCUAAAACACACCCAUUUAAGAAAAUAAUAAGAAGAAUUGUUCUUGUUGGGAUAUUUUUUUUAAAAAAAUUGCCAAAAAAUUCAAGAUCAAGUACAGAACCUUUUUUUUAAACUCUUACAUUUAAAAAGAAAAUUUAAUAUCCUUUGAAUCAAAAUACUUUUCUCCUUAAAAGCUUUUCUUAAAAAAAAAACGGUUCGAAAAAAUUGGCUGAUGGUUAUUUAUGAGAAAGAAAAAUCUCUUUUAAAAAAACAGGGUGCUCUCACUAUCACUAUAUUAUAAAUUAAAAAAAAAAAAACUAUCAGUGGGUUUUUUGUAGAAAAAAAAAUAAUGAUGAAUAGAAAAUUUUAGAAAAUACUUGCUGUCAUAGAUUUUAAAUCUUAUAUCAAUCGACUUUCCAUUUAAAAAAAAAAGAAGAAAUUAUGCAUUUUUUAAUGUACUCACGUGGAUUUUAAAAAUCAAAACAGUAAAAUAAUAGAAAUCUGCACUUUUUUCUUUCACACAAAAAAAAACAAUUUACUAAAAAAAAAAUAUUUGAACAAUAGCAAAAAAUAUAUAGAAUGAAAAACUAUUAAAAUAUCACAUAGUAUCUGCUCUAGAAUAGAUAAAAUUCUUUUCCAACAAAAAAUAUGGAAUAUAUUACUUACUUUCUGAGAAUAAAUUCAAACUUGUGGGAUCAAGCAAAUAAAGAACAAAGAAAUAAAUAAAAAAAUAUCUCUAACUGAUAUCACAUUGAUAUUGCGAACAUAUUGCGAAGAAACGUGGCCAAGUUUUUGGAUGAAGUUCUUCAAUGACUAUAAAUUGAUAAAAGGUAAUAGAAGAGAAUUUUUGCAUUAUGCAAUAAUUAUUUUUUAAUCAUCAAAUAUAAAUAAUUUAGUCUUCUCUUCAAGAAUUUAAUGCCAUUGAUUAACAUCCAUAGAGCCUAAUUUGGACUUGAAAACUACAAAUAAAAUGAAAAAUCAAAAAUUACAAAAUUUUCUUUAAAAUAACCUUAACUAUUCACAUAAUUUUGAGAAAAUAAAAAAUUCUUAAAGAAAAAUUGUUGCAUAGUGUAAAAAUUAAUAAAUGACGUAGUAGGCAAGGUUGUAUAGGGCUCGAGUACGUAUUUGUGGGGAUUGUAGUGAAUCAGUAGGUAUAUUGAAACUACAAGAGUAAAUUAGAGAAGGAUUAAAAAUGUAUCAAUGAGGUUGAAAAGGAAAAAAAAAGAAACUUGAGGAAAAAUAAAUAGCAUUUUAAAUGAG